UUAUGUGCAUAUUGACGUAUUUGGAACUGGGUAGGCUAACAGAUAGGAGGUCUGUUACAUAAGAUCACAAUUUAAAGGACUUUUGACGAAGUGUAAUAGUGUUAAAUUUUAUUUUUGUUCGUAUUUUUUAUUUUUAAUUUUUGCCAAUCAUGUCGCUGAUGAAUAAUUUUUUGGAUGUAUUUUCGGCAACAAGUGAAGUCAGAGUAAAUGAUCGAUUUGGAGUAUCUUCCUACAUUCCGAUGCUGAUCAUCAUUGUAUCCUAUCUUUUAAUCGUAUUGAAAAUUGGACCAAGUUUCAUGAAAAACAGAGAACCUUACCAAUUAAAGGCUUUUAUUAUUGUCUACAAUAUUUUCCAAGUUUUUUCGUGUUAUUAUAUUUCUUAUAAGGCUUUUAAUUCAACCAUUCCAAUAUUUCAAUUCUGGAAAUGUAUUCCUAUUGUACCAAAAACUGAUUGGGACCGAGUUUUCAAUCAUCUUGGCAUUUUGACAUUUUGGCUCAAAGCAUCAGAAUUAAGCGAAACUGUAGUAUUUGUAUUGCGAAAGAAACAACGACAAGUAUCGUUUUUGCACUUGUUUCAUCAUACAACAAUGUUGUUUUUGACUUAUCAGGUUAUCAAAUAUUAUAAGGUCAAUCAAGCAUUCUUCGCUUUGGUUCUCAACUGUAACGUCCAUGUUAUUAUGUAUACGUACUAUCUUCUAGCAGCUAUUCUCCCUUCGAAAAUCCUAUCGAAAGUUAAGUUAUUGAAGAAGUUCAUAACAAUGAUUCAAAUGAUUCAAUUCUCUUUUAUUUUAAUUCAAGUUUUCACUUCAUUAGUCACGAAAUGUAAUGUCCCGAAGCAAGUACUUAUAAGUUAUAUGGUUAUUGUUAGUGCAUUUUUCUAUAUGUUCUAUGAUUUUUAUAAAAAGACUUACAAUGCUAAAAGACGGCAAUCUAUUGAGGGUUUGAAGAAAUAAUCAAUCUUUAACAAUACAAUUAUUUUAAAUUUACUAAGUAACCUUAAGCUUAAGAAUCAUAUGAAUUUAUUUUUAUUUUGGAUAAAAGAAAAUUGUAACAAACGACACAGCAACGUCUUCUGGAUCAGCUAGUAUUCAAUGUAAUUGAAAAUGCAUUGUUAUGAAUAUAAGGUCUGUUGCUGAGCAUUAUUAUGCAAUAAAAACAACUUAACAUAGUUUAGCUUAAUUAAAAAAAGAAAAAAAACAAAAACUUUCAUAUAAUUUAAAAACACACAUGUGUUACCAAAAUUUUGUUUUCCAGAGUUUCUUGCACUUUUAAAUAUGUAAAAUAAAAUAUUCUGUAAGUUUACAAAAAUAGAACCA